AUGACAAGAAUAGUUUCGGGUGCUGAUAUCUACGGACAAGGGUCCUGGAUUGACUCCAAGGCACCGCCAGUACCCGAUGAUGCACGCCAACUUCUCAAGAAGCUGGCUGAGGCGACACCGGGAUUCACCAAAGACUCUGCCGUUCUGGACUCGGUAUCAUUCACCGGUUCCUCCGACACAAUCGUCCCCGGUCCAUUAAAAUCCGCCGUUAUCGCUGGUGCUCUUCACGCCAUGUGCGGCAUUGUCGCUAACGAGCUCCUCGAACUCAGAGACGGUCAGAGCUCUGACCGGACUGUAUCUAUCGACACCGAUCAUGCUGCAUUUUGGCUCGGGAGCGUGGGCAUGACCAAGCGAAACGGCCAGACUGUCCAGGAGCUUGGCAAGGAGGGUCAACUGGGUGCCAUCUUCCCAAAAGAUCUCCAAGGAGACAUCUUCGGAACACCGCUCAGAUUGCGCGCCACGGCAAACUACGAGACCAAGGACGAAGGGGUUUGGUUCCAGCUACAUGGGUCUCUAGGCGCAGAUCCAGUACUACAAACCAUCGGCAUAGACCCAUCACAAGAGUGCAGCAGUAACGAUGAGGCCACUCGAGUCAUUGCGGAGCACGUUCGCAAGUUUGGAGCGCAUGAGCUGGAGAUGAUGCAUCUCGUUCAAGGCCUUUGCGGAAGUAUCUGCUAUACUCCAGGCGGAUGGAAACAGACACGCAUGGCCAAGGACUUGGCUAAGCACCCCCUUAUCAACUACAAGCAACAGACGCAUGCCGUCCCUACACCAGCCAUUCUGUUGCCAGUAUCUGCCGAUAAACGACCACUGGCCGGCAUCAAGGUCCUGGAAAUUGUCCGUAUCAUUGCAGGCCCCGUUAUUGGAACGACGUUGGCUGCUCUUGGAGCUGAUGUGAUCCGUGUGAACUGCGGUCGCCUCCCUGACUUUAAUGGACUUCAACUGACGCUGAAUGCCGGCGUUAGAACAGUGGAUAUUGACCUGGCCAAAGACGAUGAAGUGAAACGUCUCCUCGAGUUAGUCGCAGAUGCAGACGUCUUCAUUCAAGGCUACAGGCCAGGAGUGAUUGCCAAGAAAGGGCUCAGCCUUGAUAAUCUCCUAGAGAUAGCUGGAAAAAGAGGCAAAGGCAUCGUAUAUGUGGAAGAGAAUUGCUACGGACCAGAUGGCCCUAUGGCUGAGCGACCUGGCUGGCAACAAAUUGCGGAUGCCGCCUCUGGAUGCUCCUAUGUUACCGGGAGAAGCCUAGGUCAUAAAGAUGGAACAUGCGUGCUCCCUGCUCUGCCUGUGCCGGAUAUGCUCACGGGUUUGAUCGGUGCCAUCGGUACCAUGAUGGCCAUCAGGGAUCGUGCACGCCAGGGUGGGUCCUAUCACGUCUUUGCAUCCCUCAUGGCCGCUGCCUCUCUCCAUCUAAGCCCCGAGGUUGGAUUGUACUCGCCAGAGGUAGUACAGGGCUGCCAAGAGAAGUUUGCCUGGGAACAAACGAGCCCUGAACUCUUUGUACUUGAGCUCUUAGAUGUGGUAUUGAAAGCAUGGGCUAAAGCGAUGCCAAAGUCGUUCGGAGAAGAUUCACCUUAUAUGUCUACCCUCAAAGGUGACUGGGGCGAAUUUGAAGUGCUGAAGCCGGUCGUUCAGCUGAGCGACAAAAACGCAUCGCCAUACUACUCAUCUGCUCCAGAGCCUAACUGCUAUCACGGUAGUACUGCAAUGGCAUGGCGAUAG